UUUUGCAUAUUUUAAUCAAUUCAUAAAACGUCAUUGACUGUGGAAUGCAGUCAUUUUAACGUGAGCCCGCGUUGCGACAAGCGCGUCACACUACGUCACAAAGAGGCGUGACGUUGUACCAUAGAAACAUGUGUAUGUGUUUUGGACAUUUCCAGCAGAUGUAGGCUGUAUUUUCUCAUAAUCUUGAAGUUAUUUUUACCGGAUGGCUUUUGUUUCAAAUAGCCAGCGAGGUAAAAAUGGAACCUACGUGUUCUCUAGUCGACCCAGACCUGUUGAGAGCCGAUCCAAAUGCAGUUCUGGAUCCCCCACGGAGCAAUCUCAGUAUGGAAGUAUUAUGUAUGAUCGGCGUGUCAUCAGGGGAGGCAGCCGUUCACAACAUGUGUUGCCGGCCAAGUCAGCAAUGCAGGCCGCCGACAUCCAGCAGCAGCACAGCUUCCGGGGGAGGUCUGUGGAUCUCAUGCGGUCCAGAGAAGCGUGGUUCAAGUCCGGUGACGCCGUGCCCGGUAGAAAACACGUUGACGUGCAAACCGAGUCUUACCUGGAAGAGCUGAGUCUCAUUUUGGUGACUAAAAAUAUCGACUGCCAAACCGAUAGCUUCCUCGAUCGACCCGCAUCUCCGCUCUUCAUCCCUGCCAAAUCCGGCGAUGACGUCGCAACGCAGAUCGAGGUCGGGGAGCUGUUCGACUUCGACCGGGAGGUGCAGCCGUUGUUGGAGGUCCUGGUGGGGAAGACCAUUGAGCAGUCCCUCCUGGAGGUGCUGGAGGAGGAAGAACUCGCCUGCCUGAGGGCCCAGCAGAGGGCCUUCGAACAGCUGAGAAAUGCUGAGUUGGCGGAGCUGCAGCGCCUGCAGGAACAGGAGCGGCGGCGCAACGAAGAGAAGGAGUGCAGGAUCGCCCAGCAGAGGGAGGCAGUGAGGAAGGAAAAAGAAACCUCAGAGAUGAUCGCCGCUCAGGCGUGUGCGCAGCAGUUUCUGUCCAAACUUUUCCCCGCGGUCUUUGCCUCGCUGAGGAGACACGGAUACUUUUACGACCCCGUAGAAAGAGACAUCGAAACCAAUUUCUUCCAGUGGCUGAUGGUGGCAGUAAACGACACUCUGGAGAAAAGGAACUCAGCCAGACUGUUGCUGGACACCAUUAUUCAUGAUAUUGCUAUGACCAGCCAGGACUUCUUUGCGGACCUGGAGCCGAUCAAACUUGACAAAUAGACUUGAAAACGAGAUUCAAGGAACCUGCUUUUUAAAAAAAGGUGUGUUCUCAACAGUGUUGGGUUAGUUACUGAAAACCAGUAACUAGUUACAGUUACUAGUUACUUUAUUUCAAAAGUAACUCAGUUACUAACUCAGUUACUUAAACCAAAAAGUAAUGCGUUACUGUGAAAAGUAACUAUUUAGUUACUUACCGUAUUUUCCGCACU